AUGUUCGCUCCAACAGGCUUCAACAUGAUCCCGUCCCGCAUCGACUCGAGCCAACCGCUCCGCGAUGAAGAGAUCCACCUGAUCCUUCCCGAUAGCAACGAAGGACGAGAGCGAUACGACUUGGACUCGAUCCAAGCCUUUCAGAGAGCCGCCAACUAUCUCUCGGUCGCUCAGAUCUACCUUCAAGAUAAUGCGCUUCUCCAAGAGCCACUCGACUACGAAGCGCAUGUCAAGAAGCGACUUCUUGGCCACUUUGGUACAUGCCCCGGUCUCAUCUUGGCCUAUACUCACGCCACAGCUCUCCUCGCUCGUAUUGAAAAAAAGGUAGCCUCUUCAAAAGAUCAGGACCAAGCACGAGGAAUCUUUGUCACAGGCCCAGGCCACGGCGCACCGGCUAUCCUCAGCUGUCUCUACCUCGAAGGCUCGAUUUCCAAGUUCUAUCCUGACGAAUCACUCUCGCAAAAAGGUCUACAGACCUUUGUUAAGAACUUCAGCUGGCCCAACACUGUGCGACCUUCGCAUGUGACGGCUACUACUCCAGGCUCGAUCCAUGAAGGCGGUGAGCUUGGCUAUGCCCUGUCCGUAGCACACGGCGCUGUGAUGGACAAACCUGAUCUCAUCGCAUUUGCCAUUAUCGGAGAUGGAGAAGCCGAGACAGGUCCGACUGCCACCGCUUGGCAUGCACACAAGUUCAUCAGUCCUGCCGAGUCAGGAGCUGUACUGCCUAUCUUGCAUUUGAAUCGAUUCAAGAUCAGUGAAAAGACCAUCUUUGGUACGAUGGAUCGCACCGAGCUUCUCGCUCUCUUCACUGGAUAUGGAUACCAGGUUCGCUUCGUAAACUACUAUCAGCAUCUCGGAGCCAAGCAUACUGUCCCUGGUCAUUCUGAAGCGGCGGCAUUCGAUGUCGAUAUGGCUGCCAGCUUCGACUGGGCCUACUCCGAGAUCCGCGAGAUUCAAAAAGCUGCUCGAGGAGGAAACCCAAUCACCAAACCCCGCUGGCCAAUGAUCAUUCUCGCCUCUCCCAAGGGUUGGGGUGGACCGGUGACAGUGGAUAAACUGCAGAUCGAAGGCACUUUCCGAAGCCAUCAGGUCCCCAUGGCCGUUGACCCGGCUUCCGGUGGAAAUGAGCAUCUGGCGGCACUGGAGAGCUGGUUGAAAUCCUACGAUGCCCGUUCGCUCUUCCAAGUCAGCGGCGAUGGCAAGUUAAAGCUAAGCGAGGUGGUGACAAGAAUGCUCCCGAGUGACGAGCUUAGGUUGGGCCAAGUGCGAGAGGUUUACCAAGGUAGUAAGGAUCUUGAGGACGUGAGCACCAGCGACUUUAUGGUUCCCUCAGAGAGCUCCCAGAACGGCGAAAAGGCACGGGCAUCAGCUAUGAAGCAGUGCGGGGAAUACCUUGCCGCCCUCAUCCCCAAGAAUGCAGACCGAUUGCUCAUCUUGAGUCCCGACGAGUUGGUGUCGAACAAACUCGACGCUACACUCCGUGUACCCGGCUUCAAGGCACGCAAGUUCGAGCACGAUGCAGAGAGCUUGGUCACUGCUCAAGAGAGGAAGAACGGUGUCAAGUCAGGACGGGUGAUUGAGGUACUAAGCGAGCACACUUUGCAGGGCUUUGCACAGGGCUAUGCUCUGACGGGAAGGAUUGCGCUCUUCCCAAGCUACGAGUCAUUCUUGGGUAUUGUAACGACGAUGAUUGCUCAAUUCGCCAAGUUCCUCAAGGUUGCUAAAUCGACCCACUUCCGACCUGCGGUACCUUCUAUCACAUACGUCAUGAGCUCAACCCUCUGGCGCCAAGAACACAACGGAGCGAGUCACCAACAGCCAGGACUGAUCAACUCUGUCCUUGAUCUCCCACACAACGUUGCCCGAGUCUAUCUUCCUCCCGACGCAAACUGUGCGGUUUCAACGCUUUCCCACUGUCUCCGCAGCCGCAACUACGUCAAUUUGGUGGUGGGGAGCAAGCAUCAAAACCGAGUCUAUCUCGAUCAAGCCGAGGCCAACGCUCACUGCAAAGCUGGAGGCUCGAUCUGGCACGCCUAUUCCACCGAUGGUGGCAAGGACCCGGAUGUAGUCAUUGUAGGGAUUGGAACCGAGACUACGACUGAAGCCAUUGCUGCUACUGAACUAUUGCGUUCGCAACACCAGAACGGCAAUGAUCCCCAAAAAGACCAUCUACGGGUACGCUUCCUCAACAUCACCGAUCUCAUGAUUCUCAGCGAAGGGUCGGUUCAUCCCCAUGCACUCAACGAUCAGACGUUCGAUGAAUUGUUUACCAGGGACAAGCCGAUCUUGUUCAACUUCCAUGGCUACACGACUGCCCUAAAGGGCUUGUUGGGUGACAGGUUGAGUGGCGGGAUGGGUAGAAGACCGACUGCCUUCUUGGGUUUCAUAGAGGAAGGAACUACGACGACGGCAUGGAACAUGUUGAAGGUCAAUGCCGUGGAUCGCUUUAGUGUCGCCUGUAAGGCGAUGGAUUUGGUUAAGCGCGAUGUCGAGUUGAAGAAGUCCAGAGGUGCAAAGGUCGAUGAGAGAUUGACAAAGUUGGUGCAGAGUCAGAAGAUGGAUGAGUUGGCGAGGCAACUGCAGGCCAAGAGAGACGAGUGGCAAAGGUUUAUUGACGAGAAUGGAAGAGAUCCUCCCGAGGUUGGUGCAGAAUGA